AUGAAGUUGUAUGAUAGUAAAAAUCUAGAAGUUAUCGAUGGUUCUUUCAUCAAUGCUUUCGGAAGUCAUGUGUAUGAUUUGAAAUUUAAUAGUAAUCUACUUAUCGCGUUAGAUUUAAGUAACAGUGAGAAAUGUGUAGGAGUGAAUUGUUCUAAUAAUCCAUCUCUUUCAAAGAUAACCUUUCCUAAUAGUUUUGAUCCUGUUCUUUUUGAGUGUAGAGACACUAGCUUGGAUCAAGUGACGGUGUCUGACUGUCAGAAAAAUACUUUUCUUCCACGAAACAACGCCACUAGCAUUGUUAAAACAACAACCACUACAGUAACAGCGACACCAACCUCUAACAAUAAUCUAGCAAGAACAAGAAGCCCAGAAAUUAGAAACGCUAAGGAAGAUAUAAUUAAUGAAGAGGAAUCAGAAAAUGUUGAGGAAGGACAUGAUUAA